UCACGCGGCGCCUCUCGCACCGGGCGAUGCGUUCCUGCCGUGGGCAGGCACCGACCGGCAGCAGUGCCAGCCUUGGCAGAGGGACUCCCCGCAGGUAAGCGGCAUGAAAACACUCUUCUGCUGCAGCCCCCAGCCCUGGUAAGGCAGCGCUGGGGCUGGGGAAGGUGUGUCUGCCACAUGCCGCAGAGCCCGACCCGAUGCCGGGGUGAUGGGCGCAUCCUGGGCUGCUGCCGAAGCGUGCGCAGGGAAGGAGAAAUCGGGGUUUUGCGUGUGUGUCCCCGGGGAUCUCCCCAGCGAAGACUGAAGGUGCCGGCUCCUGCAGGAGGUACGUGCCCAGGGAGCGGGACCAUGAACUGGGGGGUGUUCGAGGGGCUCCUCAGCGGCGUCAACAAGUACUCCACGGCCUUCGGCCGCAUCUGGCUCUCCGUGGUCUUCAUCUUCCGCCUGCUGGUCUAUGUGGUGGCAGCCGAGCGGGUCUGGAGCGACGACCACAAGGACUUUGACUGCAACACGCGGCAGCCGGGCUGCACCAAUGUCUGCUUCGACCACUUCUUCCCCGUCUCCCACAUCCGCCUCUGGGCCCUGCAGCUCAUCCUGGUGACCUGUCCUUCCCUGCUGGUCAUCAUGCACGUGGCCUACCGGGAGGCCAAGGAGCAGAGGCACCGCGCCGCCGGCGGGGAUGACUGCCGCUGCAUCUACCCCAACCCCGGCAAGAAGCGGGGCGGGCUGUGGUGGACCUACCUGCUCAGCCUUGUCUUCAAGGCCGGCGUGGACGUGAUCUUCCUCUACAUCUUCUACCACUUCUACAGGAACUACACCCUGCCCCGGCUGGUGAAGUGCGAGCUGCCCCCCUGCCCCAACGUGGUGGACUGCUUCAUCUCCCGGCCCACCGAGAAGAACAUCUUCACCCUCUUCAUGGUGAUCACCGCUUGCAUCUGCGUCGUGCUGAGCCUCGUGGAGGCUGCCUACCUGAUCGGCAAGCGGUGCCGCGAGUGCCUCCUGGCCGGCAGCGGGGAGAGCUGUCGGCACGGCCAGGCCUGCACGCCCUCCAGCACCGAGCCUGCGGGCACGGGUGGGCAGGUUUUCCAUGGGGUGGACUACAAACCCCCCACAGCCUCCAUCCCCCCCACGGAUUCCAGCCCUGGUACGCUGCCCGAGGAGGAGACUCUUCCCUAGAGCUGCCUGGGGAAAGCAGGAGCCGCUCACCUGCCCUGCACCCUCCUCCUCCUCCUCCUCCGUCCCCCUGGCCCACAUGCAGCAGUGCUGGGGGUGGCAGCACCUCAGAGUCAGGCUGUGCCCGAGGGCUCUCGGCUUCCCCCAUCCUGGGGAAGGCACGUUACAUCAUUCUGCUGAAUUUGGGGUAAAAAUGGGUGCUGUAGGACACGCAUCAACCCCAAGAGCUGAUAGGGACAAGAGGCUCCGCAGCAGCUAUGAACCAGCAGCGGUGCCCGGAGGUCGAGCCCAGCCCAGCCAGGCCGGCUUAGCUGGUCCUGAGGGUAUCCUUGCAAUAAAUAAAAAUUUCUGUCCUGCAGAAGUGACGGCCAAACAGUUUGUUCUCCUGCUCCUUGGGUACAGCGCUGCAAAGAGGAGAGUAAGGGCUGCAUCACCUCUGGAAAGGCGCAGCUCCAGGCUGGAUUUGGACCAGCCGAGGUCUGCCAGAGAGAAGCCACUGAAACGUGGAGCAGCUCCUGGAGCUGGGCACACGUGAUGGCUUUGGCUGGAGGCAGGAGCGCCACAGCCAGGCAGGUAGUUUUUGGGAUGCACGGGGUGUUAUGAGGUCUGUGCUGCCCAGGGAAGGGUUCGUCCUUGCACCCAGCAAGUCAACACCAAAACGUCUGCUGCAUUCAUUGGGCACUGGAUGCAGGUGAGCAAGGAGGACUGCUUAAUUAUCACACUGUAAUCUCAGGCUUUAAAAAGAAAUAAAUAA